AUCCAAGAUUUUGGCUGGAUUGGAUUAGUGUUGAAGAGUACUCCAUGUUCCAAUGCCUUUCUCAUGACAAUACAGAAGGGGUUGAUGAAUUUGCCUCUCCCAAGAGAUUGGUUUUGGGUAAGAGGAAGAGGAUUGCCCAUCCGCCUAAGAGCAGAGCACGUAGAACUUUUACUUCGCUAGCCAACAAGCAAAAUAAGGCUAAAGCGCCCACACCCUCCAAGGCCAAAACUACAAAGGAAAAAGAUACAAGUCGUGACAAUGAAAUAGCUUCUAGUGAAGGCUUUGGUCCAAUCCCCAUUCCUGGUGACAAUAAAGUUCCAUCCAAAGCUAAAGAGGCCAAGCAGGUGGAAGCCUUGGUAGUGAACAUGGAGGAAGCCUUGGCGAACCUUGUAGUUCGUCGGAAAAUUUUGGCCAGUAAAAUGGGUGAGCCUUUGCUUCUCGAUGACAUACUUAAUGUUGUUGACUCUAUCAUUGAUUGGAGUGAUCCUACAUCCUUUAUAGUCGAGUCAACAAAGAAGGCUAAGGCCAAUGAAACUAGUGGAGGUGUGAAAGUUUCAUAUGGCAUGCCCAGUACAACAAAGAAGCUUGAAACAGCAAAGACUCAGCCAGAAGUGACGAUAUUAAAGCCGCAUCCCAUUAGCGAACUACCUCCUUUUAGUGCUGGUGACUUCGAAUUGGUUCCUGGGGGAUUUAUACUAGUGAGGAAAACUAGUGCUACCAGUGAUGGGAAAGGUGUUGAGAAGGGCGAGGCCAAGGCCACAACCAAUGUUGGUAAAGAAAAGGGAAAGAAGGUCACUGAGGCGAAAAAAGUUGUCGGCCCUGGCGAAGCUAAGCAUAGUGGCCAGCCGUUUGCGGCUCCAGUGCAGUCGAGUGAGAUCAACGGUCUGGCCAUGAGGCUACUUAAGAAUCUUGACGAGAUGAAUGAGGACAGAGAUGUCUCACUGACUCGGGAUGCCCUUAACGAUGCUGAGAGUCUAAACUUUGAAGUCAAUGCCCUUUGCACUCAUUUAUCAACCUUAGCAAAGGCAUACCUUGGGAAGACCGAGUUCAGCACGGCUGGAGGUGACAUGGCUGAGGGCUUGGUUGAGUGGAUCAGGGAGCAAGCGAAGCAUAUUGAAGAGAUGGAGAAGUCUUUGGCCAAGACAAGAGAACUUGUCGUCAAACUGGAAGAAGGAUUGGUGUCAGCCAAGGCUUACUUAGGAUUGCUCAACCAAGAAAAAGAACGUUUGGAUUCCAAUGGUAUGAUGAGCUUCGUUAGGCCUAUAUGGAGGCUGCCAAAGCCUUUGGAGAUGAGCCCGACCCCUUCCUACCAUGAGUCAGCCUUACGUCCUAGCUUUCUCUUCAUUUUUUUAUUCCUUUUCCCUUACAAGAAGUUGGCCAUUAGUGAUGUUGCCAUGAUGUAACCUUUUAACCAUGUUUGUUCUGGGUUGAACAUCUUUGCUUCUAGUAAAGUCUGGACCUUGUUGCUCGUUUAUUUUCUUGCUUGUUUCUCCCUGCUGCUCUAAAUAUACCAAUUGGACAGACAAAUUUGUACUGGAGAAAUGGAUCAGGGAGGUUGUUUUAUGUUAUAUGAUGCACUUCUUCUUUUUCCCUUUUUUCUUUCUUUCUUUCUUUUUUUUUUUUUCUUUUGAACACUCCCUAUCCUUUUAUAGUCACAGAGUGGAAUGAAAGGAGUCUAAAUAG